AUGGCAAAUCAGAAGACGGCGGAAGAAGAAGAGACGCUUCUCGCCGGGAUAGCCAAGUACGGUACCGGAAAGUGGAGGAAUAUUUUGGAAGAUCCUGAGUUCUCCGUUCAACUUCAAUAUCGCACUAACAUUGACCUCAAGGAUAAAUGGCGUAAUAUGAGUCGUAUCAACCCAAUUCAGGAGAGAAACCCAAACAUGGUUCGCUUCAACGAAUAG